GAAAGGGGCAGACGACCGCAGAAGAAUUCAAGAACUAAGUGUUUCCAGUUUUCUGAGGAAAGACAACACUAGGUUAAGAUAUUUAAGUGUACUUGUAAGGCAAACACUGGUGUAGCUGCGUAUAAUUGUGCCUGUCGUGUCUGUUGUUUGCCAGUGAGUGAGCCUGUGUUGUGUCUGCAUCUCGCUGCACAGUUCGUCUCGCCGGUAAGUGGUUGAACUCAUCACUGUCCGAGCCUCCGAUGUCACCACUUCUGUAGCAUACACAACUGCUUUUCUUCCGAAAAGCCUGCGAACGGUUAACCAAGUGACCUGUGAAGAUGAUUAAGACGCGUGCAAUAAAGGGAGGUAAGCUGGAGAAACCAAGGCCACUGCGCUCUCUGCAUCGUGCAGUCAGUGAUCCUGGUACUAAACAAUAUGCUGGAGAGGUGGAAGGAACAAAAAUUGAAAAUGAGGUAAAAGCUGAGCAUGAGGGAUCCGGAAACAAGGACAUCAGUUUACUGGAGAAUCUUGUGAAGAAUUUAGAGAAUGAUGCCCAGUCAGUCAUGAUGGGGGACAUUUUGGAUCUUUGUCAACUUCUACAUGACAAAGGAGCUCAGCUAGAGAAGCUAUACCCUGAGAUUAUCCAAGACUGCUUCUCGGUGAUUCGCGUAGCCACAAAGAGAGAUUCAGUAAGCAAUGAGAGACGGAUGCUGUUGUUGGAGUUAAUGGAGUUACGAGCCAGAGGAUGGCAGGCAGUCAUUUCAGAGGUACAACCACAGACAUCUAAAGUCAAGGAAGAGUUGAACAGGUCCUGGCGGGCGGACUCCUCUGUAGAUUCGGUGGAGCUGAACUCAUCUUUCCACAUUCCUGUAGAGAUCAAAUGGAACCCCACUGGACAUAUGUGGCAGUGUGAGAUGAUUCUUCCAGGUUACAAAAUUGAAAAAGUGAGGUUGAAUACCAGAUACAGAUCCCAAGUCCUGAAGAUUUUGGGAUCUUCAAAGCUCAUUAUAUCCAAAGAUAUAGUGUGGAAUCACAGACAGGUGGUAUUGUUGGGCAAGAAAAAUGAGCUGAAAAAAGCAGUUAAGUAUAUCCUGGAGAUCAUCAAUAUGAAGGAGUACCACACAAAUGGUGGAGGUGACCAUCACACUGGUGAAAGUUUUUGUCUGUCUGACCUAUCUGAUGCGAGUGACCCAUCUGUCAGCAUUCAUUCCAUAGACAAAUCGGAUUCUAAACCAACCUGCUCUGACAGCAUGAACAUUGUGGCAAGUGAUGAAAACAGCAAUGCCCUUGAGUCUCCUAAUCGGAAUAUAAGGGAUAUUAGUUUAUCCAAGCAGAUGAUGGACACAUCUAGGAAAAAUUCUAGUGUGAUCAUAAGGGAGACAGCAGAUGAGGAAGUUCAAACAGAGCCAGUUGGCACUACAAGCUCAAGGUCAGCAGUGUCGAAGUUUGAUCAUCAGAGUCUUCUUCAGUUUACACAGGGAACUCUGUGUUUGUGUGCAAACCCAGUGGACAAGGCUCUCCUUGCGGAAGCCAAGGUGGUAUUGCAGGAUCACUUCUGCCCAGAACCAAAGCGUGCUGACAUCAGCCAACUAACUCCUGGAAAAAGUCUCACUUCUGGUGAAAUACAUUUGGCAAGAAGUAAGUCUCACGAAGACUCGCGGCAUCUCCAUUCUGUUGAGCAGUCAUACUCUGAUAGCCUGUCUCACAGUAAGACUGGCAUGGGCCGAUACUUGAGGAGUCUGUCCACACCCGAGAGAAACAGUCAUGGACUAUCAGCAGGAUUAAGCAGCUCCAGGAAUCGUUCCACAGACAAAGGCAACGAUUUCUCUGUCUUUGCCUGCUACAGGAAUGACAGCCUGGAUGAGACGCAGUUUACCAAGGAAUUGAUGGACAGGUUACAGCUGCCUGCAGAGCGUGGAGCACGUGUCUCCAGCUCAACCCCUGACGGCACCCCAGAGGGUAGCCCUGCGGGCUCCCCAAUAAACGAUAUCUCAGGUAAAGACAGUUAUAAUCAGUUAUUGGCUGGUGAAAUAAGUAACGGCAGCCAGACUGCAAAAGUGUCAGGAGCAGAAUCUAUGGUUCCAGUGACAUUGCUGCCGUCUCAGUUAAAGUCAAUCAUUGAUGGAGUUGUGCAUGGCCUGACUGGAUACAAAGUCCCCACGUCUUUAGGUAGAGGUGACAAACCAGACAGAGGUGAUAGUCUUAAGAAUCCGGUCAAAACCGUCCGCCAACCAAUCAUUGCUGGAACGUCUGACCUUGAGGACAUAGAGGUCACCAUGCCUAGUGGGCUGUACACACCCAAGGGAAGGCGAGCAAUGUUUAAGAAAUACUCAGAUCAAGUGCUGAGGGCACAAGGCAAUGAUGUCAGUGAAGUAACAGAAGGUCCAGAAAGCCGUCCAAAGAUCCAGUAUAGCUGGGAAGAACUGCUAGCCUGUGCCACAUCAAAACAUGCUAGAUGCUGCCCAUCUGACUGGACCUAUCUCAGACAUAUUUUCCCGGAUAUCUGCCUGGAACAGGUGCCCUGCUAUUUUGAUCCGAUGAGGUAUUCCAAGAUGAUGACUAGUGAAAGAACCCAGUUAUCUUACAAACCUUUCCUGAAGCCCAAAAGGGACCUUGUCCAAAAGGCUUAUUUGGGUGAGGAGAAGCUAGAGAAUACUGUGGAAGAAGCUGUGCGUGAUCAGUGAACUGUGAUAAUAUCAUUUGUGAUAUACAUGUACAUGUUUCAACAUAUGUACAGCAUAUCACUCCAGGAUUGUCCAUAUAUGGCCAACAUUUCACAACCUCAGUGCUGUGAACAGACUUUGCUUUAUUGCAUAUCGUGGUGCUAACUGUGACCUGUUAAACAAGCCAAAGAGACUGUACUUAAUCUUUCAUACUUGUGUUUUCCUAUGAAGACCUUCACUAAGGUUAUAGUAAGAGCUGGUAUACAGUAAAACCUGUUGAAAGAAAGAUGUUAAUUACACUGCACAGUUGACAAGAAUUUGUUACGUCUAUUGGCUGAGUAAAUUGGCAACUUGUUAUGGUUAUGUCUCAAUCUGUACUGGAUGUCUAGUAACUUGGAUUUUUUUAUAUUUUGCCCAUUUUGUAUUCCUUUGUUUGUGUGCCAGAGAUGAAUGUGAAAGUAUGCCCAUGACUGCUAAAAAUUUUUUAUUCUUUAACUUUUAUUUUUUUGCGUUAAAAUAUUGUCUUCCAUAUCCUUACAAUACUAAAAUUAGUAUAAAUAUGUUUAAAAUGCAAUAAAACAGGAUUGUACAGUACAGCAGGUGUGUCUUAAAUGGUUGUAGCAAAUAGUAUUAUCCUGCAGUGUAUACACAGCCGCAUAUUUGAAUGUUGAAUGCUGACACGUCAAAGGUACAUGUAUCAAGUAGCUGGCUACCUGUGCAGUAAAUUGAUUGAAUACGGAAAGACUCUAACUGUCCUGAGAAAAUCAUAUGUUAUGUAGAAGAUGACAGUUAUAAAACUUAUUUUAUAAACAAGCAAUCAGUGGAGAUGUUCAGGGUCACCAUCUAUAACACGUUGUGAUUUUAUUUAUCUUCUUGCCAUCCUUGCUAUGAGUAAUUUUGAUACUGCAAAUAAUGCCAAGUUCAGAGGUGAAAUAAUUCAUUUCAGUGGCUUUGCAACUGUAAAGAAAGUGUUUCCAAGAGAUUAUUUCUAGAUUGAUAAGUUUACCUUCUUAAGGCCUAGGUAAUUGACCUUUUGUAAUGGUGUUGCAGCUCAAGUUAAACAAAAAAAGGGAUGCCACUCUGCUAUGAUAACAUUGGAAGACUGCAACACAUGAAUGAGUGUUCUGUUGGUAAAGCAAGCACAGCAUUUGAGAGCCCUCUCUAUGCUGUACUUUUAUGCAUGUAUAACUUGGAAGAGUUCCAUUACUGUGCCUUUGGCCAAGGAAAAGUGUUUUAUCAUAAACAGCUUUUCCAUAUGUGUGCAGUGUUCUAUUUUCAGUUCUGUCUCAUGGUAGUUCUAUUCAGAGUGCCUAGUCUGUGUAUGUUGUGGUCUAUGCCUAGUCAUUUGUGAUAUCUGAUAUUAUAAAAGCUUCUAUCCCAAAGAGGUUGUUGGGAGGGGGUGGGAGGUAGAUUCCAAAAGUAUUAAGAUAAAAAUAUUGUUGUGUGAAAAUAUAUCUAUGCUAUUUUUGUUACCAUUGAAUGUUUGUCUGCCUGGUUUUGUAAAUUUUGUUGCAUUGAAAUAGUAUUAGCUUGUAAGUAGGACUUUUGAGCAGCCAAGUCACAUGACUGAAUAAUGUCUAAAGCUGCAUUGACACACUACAUUUGUGUUUGCUAAAGCCCUUACAUAAUAUAUAUUACCACACAGAUUACCUAUCUAAAAUAUAUAAAUCUUUUAUUUAUUGGUAUGGUUUCUUUUUUAAAAGACAUUAUUGGUAUAUAAGUUUCAAAGAUAAAAAUAUUUGCUUUUCUUCUGUGCCACUGCCUGGACAUAUUUUAUGUAUACAUGUAUGCCACCUGAAGUAGUAUUUUCUGAUCAUUUUGGGCAAUUCUUUAUGCACUAAUUGCCAUUUGGCUAGUAUCUUUCUGCCAUUCUUGUUUCUGUAUUUGCGUAUCA